AUGGCUUCAAAGAUUUAUCUAGUGAUAUUAGUGGUUGGAUGCAUUACUACUGGAUGUAUGAACUCACUCUUCACUAAAUAUCAAGAUAACCAGUGUGUCCACCAUUGCUCGAAUCCGAACGAGAACAAACAUGAGAACUUUAACCAACCGGCAUUGCAGACAUUACAAAUGUUCAUUGGUGAAUUGUCAUGUUUUUUCGUGUAUUACAUGGUCUACAAGUCGAGAUUUAGUAAGGGGAAUGGGUACAAUCCAUUGAAUGAACCCGCAGACGAAGGUUUAUCUAUAUUCGAUAGCUUUAAAUUGGCACUUCCAUCAAUAUGUGACUUAACUGCUACUACAUUAUUGAAUGUGGGGUUGAUUUAUACGCCUGUAUCAAUCUACCAAAUGACAAGGGGCUCGAUCGUAUUAUUUGUGGCCAUUUUAUCAGUUCUCUUUUUGAACAGAAAAAUUACAAAGUUGGAAUGGAUUUCAUUAAUUAUUGUUACACUAGGAGUCGUGAUAGUGGGAUUGAGUGGGUCUAAGGCAUCUGAAAGUGACAGUGCUCAGGCAAUGACCAAUAAGGAAGCCUCGGCCCUUGUUGUCUUUGGUAUGAUGUUGAUUGUUUUAGCCGCAUUAUUCCAAGCUAUCCAGUUUGUUGUCGAAGAGCAUAUUUUAAGCAAAAAAUCCAUUGUGCCAUUGAAAUUGGUUUAUUUCGAGGGCUUCUACGGGGCUACUAUUUUAUUGACAAUCAUGAUUAUAUUAAAUUUCAUAAUAGGUGCAAUAUUACCCCCAAAAAAGUUUGCAGGAUCGCCUUUCAACCUUGUUGAAUCAUUUUCUCAGCUCUUUGGUUCUCGAGAAAUAUUAAUUACAUCGGUCUUCAUAAUGGUCUCGAUAGCAUCAUUUAACUUUUUUGGUAUAUCUUUGACCCAUGAAUUAUCAGCUACUGCAAGAUCUACUAUCGACACUUGUCGUACUUUAUCAGUGUGGCUUCUUGCAAUUUUCAUGGGCUGGGAGUCGUUCCAUUUUCUACAAUUUGUUGGUUUUGUUGUCUUAGUAUUUGGGACCUUGUGUUUUAAUGGCGUAUUAAAUCCCGAAGAAUGGAGUUUUGUUCCUCAUUCUUUGAAGUCUAAUGGUACUUAUGAAAGACUUAUCGAUGUCGUCGACGAACCUAUUGAAAGAUUGUAG